AUGGAUGACACUCUUUUGUCACCAGAGUCGCUGGACUGGGCGAGCUUCUUAUCGCAAUUGGAAUCCCCUUCGACACCAGGGCCGGUUUCUACCCCCAAGGGUCUAUUAUCAGGGACGGAGUCAUUUCCUGGUACUACAGUGUCCAGCGACCUUGACAUACUCGGUGAGACCGGCACCGCACAGUUCGAGCAGCUCGAGCGCAUUCUCGGCUCGCAGACUGUUGCCAACCAUGUCGACUUUACGGCAGACCCAACCGUCCUGUCAGCGGAGGCGUAUAACGUAUCCAAGGCCUCGUCAGAUGCAGCAUCACUCAUGGUCGAACCGACAGAGCAACUACCCCCAGUGAGAACCCCUAAUGCACAGCAGAUUCCGACCAAGGCAGCAUUCGAAAAGAGCAUCGAGGUAACGCAAUUACGGAAAAAGUACCAUGAAAAGUAUAAGGAACGGAAUAGGCUAGCCGCGGGCAGGUCACGGCAGAAGCAGGUGGACCUGAUCGAAUUGUUGGAAGCAGAGCGGCGCGAAGAAGAGCGACGGCGUAAGGCACUAGAGGAGGAAAUUCAACGCAUUCAAAAGGAGCUUCUUGCCAUGAAGGAGGAGCUGCGGCACCAUAUCCGAAUAUCAAAUUGCAUUAGUAUGAUGUCCCAUGGUGCGCACUUACAGACACUUGGGUUUUUGGCGCACGAUAUGAUGCGGUAG